GCGAUGAGGGGGUCCCUAUUCCUUGGGUGCUUUUGUAGUCGCGGAACAUAUGAAAAUUCCACGAAUGUUUCGCGGCCCGAGCUUUUCUAUCUUGGAACACAUAAAAGUUCCGCGGACAUCUGGCGGUCGUGUCUUGUCGGGCGUUACCCUCGUCAGACGAGUUCCAACUACUCCCGACGAUGUUCUAGACGGGACACAAAUGUAAGCGCAUGUGUUUCUUGCCCUGCGGCCCAAGCUCACUUCUGUUUUCUCUCUUCUGGAUGGUAUCAUUUCGACGACGUAGAGUUAUCAAGCUCGUCUCGCGGCAUCCGUGUAUGGUCCAAGCUACUGCGCCCAUGGAUGAACUCGAGCACGUCAGGCGCUUGUUCUCGAAUCCGCUGGUGCUUGAAAGGAGAAGAGUGCUUUCUCUAUCUCUGUCUUUCGAUGCGCUUUCCGGAGGUUCUGCUAUGUGUUCUUCUGCGGUAGGUGGGGACGUGUUUGCGCGCUUCGACCUCUCUAAUCUCCCCCCAUGCGCGACCUUCCCUGAGGACACAGGAACUACUCCAGAAGACAGUGCUGUCAGGGAACAUCGCAAUUUCUCUCUCGGUUAUGAUGGUAAUUGCAGGGAAAUCAUAGGUCGCAUCUUUGCUGGCACCCUUGAGGCAACUGUCUCUGGUUCUUCUGAUGCAUUUGGUGAACAUGAGAGUGGUGGCGCUACGACGGACACUCGGCACAUCUUCGACGGCCUUCAGAAUGCGGAUGUCCAGCACUCUCUACCACGAGGCCUCAGGGAAAUUUACACUGCUUUCAAGCACAAGGUGGUGCACGUGCUCGACAAGAGGAAGAGAAAUACGCGCGAUUAUAACAAGAAAGCUCGUGAACUGGUUUCAGUUGCUUCCGUCUCCAGAGCUCUCCAUGUUGCGUGUUGCGCGAAGUCAUGCAUAUCAAUAUUCAGAUUGGAAGAAGUGUUAGAGGAAAAAAGGAAGUUUUGGGCUAUGAAGCAGCCACAACAGGCGAGAUUUUUGCUCAAUGAGAUCAAAAAAGUUUCGUGCUUCAAUGCUAAUAGGACUCUUGAGAAGCUUCGUCUUGCUUUCGCGAACAGAUUUGUCUGUUCCCUUGCAUGGGGCUGCCUGUACGGCCUUUGCAAAACCAGAGUUGCUGCCAUCCGCAACAAGGUUUGUCAUGGUGUUCAUACUUACGUGCAUGGCAAUGCAGGGAAUCGGUGUCCUUCCGCACGGUACAUGGCUGUGUAUGCUUGGAUGAAGGUGUACUUUGCCAUGAACACGGAGUCCAUGCCACAUUCUGAUAGAUUUGAUCUCAUUGACUGCUUGACAAAGGCGGAGGUUUACGAAUUUUUUAUGGCCAACUAUCGGCGUCUGCAUCCCUAGGAUGUCGUCCCCUCUCUUUCUUUCUUCAUGAAGAUAUGGAUGGCUCGGUAUUCCGAGGUGUGCAUCCCGGCUACGAACAAAUUCUCUAUCUGUGC